UUCAAUCAAAGUUCAUCAGUUUUAAAAUUUCUGGUAUGUGCACGUCAAAACCAAAAUUCAUUCCACUUCCAGAACAGCAAUCACUAUGCUCAUUGCCCAACUCUGGUUGUUGCCACGUGGAUGUCAAAGUUGGACGGUCGAAAUGGGAGAAACGCGUAGCAGUUUUGGUUCAAGUAGAAGGAGAACCAGACUACAAGAUUUACAUUUACACGUACUUCCUAAAAGGACUUGGUGCAGGUAAACCCCUAAUCGGUCAAAUAUAUCCGCUCAAUGAAUUGAAAAAGCGCGAAGUCAAAUGUGAAAAGGACAAAGUGUUUUUGGUGAAUUUGGCAUCUGAAAAAGGUGAAAAAAUUACAUUUAAAGCAACUGGAAACAAUGGAAGUAUUUGGGUGGCUGCUUUGAUGAGUGGAACCUUUACUUCGCCUAUUCAUGAGACUCACGGACACACGGGAGGAACAGGAACAGAUGGUACAACUUCAAAUAUUGAAUCUGAUUUAAAAGAGAAACCAGACACUAAUGUGUAUACUGGAUCACGAGAAGGAUAUGUUCCACCACCAGCUAAGGAAGGAUCAGGAAGUGGUGGGAAGAAGAAAGAUAUGAAUAAUGUUGCGGUUAAACCGGAUGAGAAGAAAAAGGAUUCUGGAAGAAAGCUGAAGAAGACCGUAUCAAAAACCAUCACAAAAUUAUCAGUAUCGGAGUCAAAGAAGAAAACUGAGAAAAAAAUUGCAGCGACUCAGAAAACUCAAGAAUUCCCAAUCCCAAAAACUGUCGACGAGGCGCACACGAACUCGGAGCCGGACGGAGAUCCUUUGAAACUGAAGAAGACGAUCACCGAUGGAAACGAAUUAUCGUUGAAAGGUGCAACUGCUCCGACUCCACAGAAAGCCAAGCUGACAACACCAACUUCUACGACUCCAGCCUCAUCAUUAACACCAAGUAAUGCGUUGACACCUGGAAAUGAGGAUAAGAAGAAGAUGACGACGGAUUCGGAGGAAAUUGAGCUUCACGAAAAGAAGAAGUAGAAAGAAGAAGAAGAUUGCUUCGAACUUUUUUUGAGUAUUUGCCUUUUUCUAGUAUAAAUCUUUGGUAGUUUGUAA